AUCCGCUAUGGACAAUUUAACUGAGUGAGUAUAAAUGAUUCAAUGACACUUUGACAAGUGCUGCAAAAAUAAAUAGACAAAACUAGUCCAGAAUUGAUCAAAUUUAUUGCAUCUGGAUUGAAAUCCUGAUCCGCUAUGGACAAUUUAACUACGGAAGACGCCCCCAAAAAGGAGGAAGAACCCUUUGGGCUCGGUUGUGCCCUAGACUACUUUGCAGAGUUUGAAGAAGUGUUUGAAAUGAUUGAUAACCUAAAAAAUUUGAUUCAAGCUGAGGGCUCUGUCCAGGAAAAAGCAUAUGAAAAGUUCUCCUUCAUCCUCACUCAGUACAUUGAACAACCCCACCUGCUAGACUCCCAGUUGGAUUCCAUUCUGCAAAAAUUCAUUCAAAUUUUACGAAACAAUGAGGAACCAAUUCAGCUUAAACAUGUAGCCUUUAGUUACAUGGCUGUGGUGGUAAAUGUGAGGGGCUACAAAGACAUAGUAAAACAUCUUCCUCAUGAAGUGGCAGACUUUGAACCAGUACUUUGCCUUUUGGAAAGUCAAGACCCCCGUGACACGAACACUUGGACCACUCGCUAUAUUUUAUUAUUAUGGCUCUCCAUAAUUAUAAUGAUUCCAUUUCAUCUUUCUCGUUUUGAUGGAUUCGAUGAGACUGAAUCUAAUAAGAAAUCUGUGAUGGACAGAGUUUUAAACAUUAUUAAAACCUAUGCAGUCGUGCCAGAUAAAUGUAGAGACGCAGCCGCUUUUCUUUCAUACAAAUUUAUCAAUAGAAACGACGUCAAAGAAAAACAUCUUUCUGCAUUUUUUGAUUGGGUGGUCGAACAGAGUCUGGCAAGUAAUUCAGACGUUUUCGUUAAAUAUGGAACCCUGGCCUGUAUUGCGGUGAUUAUCAAGCAUGGGAAAAGGGAAGAUAUAUUGCCACAUGCCUCAAAAUUACUAUCCUGGAUAAUAAAUUCGGAAUUCAAGGAAAGUUCAGGAACUAGUGUUCAAAAGUUGGUCUAUAAAAUUAUACAAAGGAUUGGGCUAACAUUUCUAACUCCGCGCGUUGUUUCGUGGAGAUACCAACGCGGCAAUCGAUCGUUAGCAACAAAUUUAAAUGCUGCUGGUGAUUUGUCGUUCAAUGAAGCAACUGAACAACCGGAAGAAUAUAUACAUGUACCAGACGAGGUUGAAGAAGUUAUUGAUCAACUCAUACAUGGAUUGAGAUGUGACGAUAGUUGUGUAAGAUGGUCAGCAGCAAAAGGAGUUGGCCGAGUAACUGCUCGGCUGCCAAAAGAGUUGGCCGAUGAAGUCGUGGGCUCAGUAUUAGAACUGCUUGGACCGAGAGAAAAUGAUGCUGCUUGGCAUGGGGGGUGUAUUGCUUUAGCAGAAUUAGGCAGAAGAGGGUUGCUGUUGCCAGAAAGACUUCCGCAAGUGGUUCCCUUAAUUGUUAAGGGCUUGGUUUAUGACGAACCGAAAGGUUAUUCUUCAGUUGGUUCCCAUAUCAGAGACGCAGCUUGCUAUGUGUGUUGGUCGUUUGCUAGAGCGUAUGAACCGCAAGAUUUAGCUCCUUAUGUGGGCGAUAUUGCGAGCACUUUAUUAAUAGUGACUUGUUUUGAUAGAGAGAUUAAUUGCCGAAGGGCCGCAUCAGCAUCUUUCCAAGAAAACGUUGGCAGACAGGGAACGUUUCCUCAUGGAAUCGACAUUCUCACAGUGGCUGACUUCUAUGCAGUUAGUGUUAGGAAUACGUCUUACCUCAACAUCAGCGUUUUCAUAGCACAGUUCGAAGAAUAUACAAUUCCUUUUAUUGAUCACCUUGUCAAUAGGAAAGUCGAUCACUGGGACAUUGCCAUCAGAGAACUCACCGCCAAAGCCUUGCACAAUCUCACCUCACAGGCUCCUCGGUACAUGAUCGACAAGAUUUUGCCAGUUUUGCUUGAUAAAACCGCCAGCAUUGACUUGAAUUGCCGUCACGGUUCUGUUAUUGCUAUAGGGGAAGUUGUCUAUGCCCUAUCUAAAAUCACUGGACGAAAUGAUUUGCAGUUAGCUGAACCUCUUCUGCGGAGCAUAAAAGGUCUGAUUCCGAAAUUUAAAGAAAGCUUGUAUUUCCGCGGCUUGGGAGGCGAGCUAAUGAAGCAAGCAAGCUCUGAUUUAAUAGAAAAAUGCUCUUUAGCUAAACUGUCCUUCCAUAAUGACAGUGUUGUAGAAGAGUGGUUACAACUACUUAAUGAUACUUUGUCAUACGAGGUGACCAACGUUCGUUUAGCAGCAGUUGCCGCUCUCCCAAUACUAUUAAACGAAUUUUAUGCGUCAACCGAUAAACUGGAGAUUAACCGGACAAUGAUUAAGAACUAUGCAUCCGAACUAUUAAUGGAAGUUAAGCAGUCAUCAAGAAUGGGCCAUGCUUUGGCUUUGGGUUCCCUCCCAAAGCACAUUCUUCAGCCCAACCUUGAUUUCAUUGUUGAGGCGUUAAUUAGCUCUAUAGCACCGACUGAAGCAACAGCAAAGUGGGCCGAAAGUAGACGAGAUGGUGUCAAAGCCUUAACUUUAGUUAUCUCAACUAUGGCGGAUGAAAUUGGAAAAAGUUUUAAUGAGAGCCACGUGAAGAGUGUUUAUGAUAUAUUUUUCGCUGGGUUGAAGGAUUACACUCAGGAUAAGCGGGGCGAUAUUGGGGCUUGGGUUAGAGAAGCUUGUGUUACGGGACUACAGAUUUUAACAUUAACUAUGGCCGAAAAAAAUCCUCAAUUUUUUACAUCAGAAUUAGUCAACAACAUUUUAUCAAACAUAGCGCAGCAGGCAAUGGAGAAAAUUGAUAGAACUCGAGCUUUAUCUGGAAAAGUGUUUUUCAGCUUCAUUUACAACAACCCUCGAGUUCCCAAUAUUGCUUAUUACGACGAACUGUCGUUAAUAUUUCCGAAGGAAGAGUGCAGUAUCCUAAAUUGGAAUUCAGAACGAUGUACUUUCCCCAAAUUUGUGCAACUGAUACAAUUUAAUCCAUAUACAUACAAUGUGUUAAUAGGAUUGAUUUGCAGCAUAGGCAGCCGAACUGAAUCACUGUUAAAAAGCUCUGGUUCGUCGCUAUUUAUCUACCUAAAAGAACAAGAGAAAUUAAAAGGACCGGCGGAGAUUCACAGAAUUUGCGAAACAAUUUUGAGUAUUUUUGUUCAUUAUCAGAAGCAAGACAGAAUAACUGUCCCCUUGUUAAGAUUUCUGGAUAAACUGUUUGAUUCUGGAUGCAUAGCGUCCAUUUUAGAAGAUAAAAACUCCGACUUUGUUAAACGAAUUUUAAAGCUCGUACAAGUUGAAAUAUCUGGCUGCAAGGAUAUUUACAAGUUGAUCGAUGGCAUAUGUGUUUUGUGCCAAUUUAUCCAAAUUCCCGGUGAGGUUUGCAAAACCGCUCUCGUUCAAGUAAGCAUUCUUCUAUGUCAUUGCCGACCUUAUGUGAGACGUUCAACCGCCGCCAAAUUGUAUGAGUCUCUCCUGGUCGCUGGAGACAGUUGCGAUAUUCCAUCAGAAAAUUUGGAUGAAAUCAUGCAAGUUGUUAGCGAUACCAAUUGGGAACUUCCUGUAGUUGAAAUAAGAGAAAUACGAAACAGCUUAUGCCAACUGAUGCGAGUCCGAGUCCCUACUCUUGUGAAAAAGAAAGCCUAAAAGAUCUAUUUUAAUAUACCGAGCCGAGCAACAACUUUAACGUAUUAUGGUCGACAAUGAAACAAUAUUUAACCGAAUAGCUGUGAUAACAAAGGGAUGUAGGUAUAUGAUUUUGGCAAAAUGCACUGUUGUUGCUGGUUAAAUACACAAUAUUUAUGCUUUCAUAUUAGUAAACUAACUGAAAUUUCUAUUAACCAGAUUCCUUCUAAUUCCGAGCAUUUAUUAUCUGUAAUUGUUCCAGUGCAUAAUGUGCGUACUAUUUUUUAUUUUAAUAUAAACUUGCUCUACACA